AUGGAAAGUAUAAUAAAAAUUAAAUUUAAUGGAAAAGUUAAACGCUUUCCUUAUCCAGCAACCACGAUCAAAGAGUUCAUAGAAGUUCUACGCGUCGAGUUCAAUGUAAAGGCAAACACAACAUUAAACUUAUGUGAUGAUGGUGAGGAACUUUCAACAUCAUCCAAACUGGCUGAACUUGGUAUUAAAGACUCGUCUGAAUUAAUAUUAAUAUCAAGCGCUGAGAAUAAAAGUUUUACAAUGAAACUUCAAACAUUGUUGGGACAAGUGUUUGAAUUUCGUUUCAAUAAUGAUGCAACUUUAAAAGAUUUAUAUGAAGCUAUCUACUUGAAAAUAGAAUUCACCACAACAUUUCUUCUUUUAUUCAAUCAUCGUAUGCAUAUAUUUCAAUCCAUCAAGUUUUUGGCGGAACCAAUCAUUCACUUCUUGAACUUAACUACGAUUAAUGAGGAGAGUAUUCCACAUUUUUAUAUAUUCGAGUGUGACCGAACAUUUGAAACGCGUAAAUAUGAAUACACGAAAAAUUUCAGACAAAUAUUUCUUCAAAGCGAUUUAUGGCAGCCAAGAUCGGGAAAACAACCUGAUUUAGCCAUGUCAAUUUAUUUGAAUUCCAUGUAUGCUCUGGUGAGAGUAUUUUUAGCAAAUAAAGACGUGGACUCCGACAGUGUUCAUAAUGUUUAUAUGCCACAAUUUUUAAUAGUACUACGUAGAUUUCUUUUCCCACCAGCUUGUCUUGCAUUUAAGCAUGCAAUGGAAGGCGCUUUGUUUAAUUUUGAAAAGCAAUUGCUAAGUGAAGCAUUCUUCCAUUUAUUUCGCAAUCUUCUACCGAAACAUAUUUCUGAUUGUGAUCUAUUUUCAUAUACACCCUAUGUAUUCUGUUGGAUAUUUCGCAAUGGAGAUUACAGCUCAACGGAAAAUGCCUGCUACGAAAGUGUAGAACUUAGUCGCUUAAAUCGACCAACUAAUGCCGAUGCUGCAAAAGAAGGAGGACCUGAUAAAUAUUUCGUACAACCUGUUAGAUUGCUUAACGAUAAAAUAGUUAAUGGUGCCUGCAAUCGUUUUGUGUUAAUCGAAUACGAAGAAGUUCAAACUCAGUACCAAUUAACAGAAGAUGAUUACCAACGUCAAACUGAUCUUGUUGGAUUAUUGAUGUUUUUGAAAAUUUUUGAAAUGCCGUCGAACAAUAACGAACCGUCACAGCAGAGAGACUUAUUUGAGCAAUACUCAUCUGAUUAUACGCUUUGGGUACCAAAUGCGAACGUUGACUUGCUUUCAAUUGGUAACGUUUCUGAACAAAAACAAAACCUGAGAUUUUUCUCCGAUCAUGACUUACACGAGAUAAAGCAGCAGUUAUCGACAAAUGACUUGUUUAGUAUAUUUACUUUUGCCGACCCAUUAACGUUAUGCAAAUAUAAUCAUGCUCAAUUCGUUCUACUUAAAUCUGGUAAUACUGUUUAUAUUAAGACUGCAGCUAAAGCUUUGGAAGAUUCUUUCGGCUGCCUUGAUCCUUUCGACCAAAAUGAGAAUUUCUUUAAAAAUGAUGCUGCAUCAAAAGAAGUUCUUAGCCAAUGGCCAUAUCUUGUCAUUAGAGAAAACGCAGCGGAUAUAAGAAAAAUAGAACAAGUUACUUGCAUAUUUUUCGAUAUCAGUGGAUCCAUGAAUGUAAUGGUUAGUAGUGGUGAUAGCAAACAUUCUUUAUUAGAGUUGAGUACAAUGGCUUUUGGUGCAUGGCGAGAUCGUUUAGUAUCAUACAGACUUCCUCAUUCUCUCGGUUUAAUUUAUUUUGGUGCUGAUGAUGAAUUAAUUUUAGGUUCAUCAAGUGAUUUUUCUUUUCGUCAUCGCUUACUAGAAUCUCUACCAAACAUACCCGAUAAACGAACAGCACUAGCUAAUCAACAUGAUUGUGGCUCUGAUACACCGUUAUAUGAUGCUAUUGAUGUUGCAAUACAAAACAUUCGGUCAUUUCGUGACAAAUCAAAAACAAGACUUAGCCCAACAUACAGAGAAUUGAUACUAUGUUUAACUGAUGUUGCUGAUACGUGCAGCAAAGCUUCACAAACAGUUGUCUUAGAAAAAUUAUUAGCCGACAAUAUUGUUUUCGACGCUAUCAGCUUUGAUGCUGUAAUUAAUAAUGUCUUGGUUGAAUUCUGUGAAAAAACAAAAGGUUACUACUAUACAGAUAUUCAACAUGAUAAAGAGUAUAUGUUAAAUUUAUUCGAAUUGGAAGCAAGUAUAUCAGUUCAAGAUCGAGAAGAAAAUAUCUACGGUAAAAUAAAAUAUCCUCAGCGUCGACAAUCGAAAUUCUUAGAUAAGCCAGCUAUUGCGUCAAAACAAGCACGUGUAAGUGAUGGCCGUGCGACAAGCGUGUCGUUAAGACGAAUCAUGCUUGAAAUUAACAAUUUGAAUAAAUUGCAGUUGAAAAACUUCGAUUUCUUUAUUUCAAAAGAGAACAUAUUCUUCUGGAAAAUUAUUAUGCACGGUGAAACAGGUACACCAUAUUCGGAUGGUCGUUGGUUAUUAUUUAUAGAAUUUCCGCAAAUCUAUCCAGAACAGCCACCUGACAUUCGAUUCAUAACAAAGAUUUAUCACUGUAAUGUAAAUGACGAUGGAAAAAUUUGCCACGACAUAUUAGGUACAGCUUGGGCACAUAAAACUUCUAUGUACAAUGUUUUUAUGGAGAUAUUACGCUUACUGAGAGAGCCAAAUCCAGAUGAUGCUUUAUCGUCUGUAAAAGGUGCACAAUGUAAAGAAUCAAGAGACAACUAUAAUAAUACGAUCAUCGAAUGGAAAAAUCUAUAUGCUAAUGCAUCAGAGGAAGAGUUGAAAAUUCAAUAUCUACUUGAAUAA